GGGGGGACACAAUCCUCUCCCGCGCUGCGGAGGAUGGAGGACAAGGCCGGCGGCAGCGUCGCACCGCAGCUGGACAAGCUCACGCUGGGCGUCACCCGCGUCCUGGGGUAUUGAAGAGCACAAGUGUUCACCUUCCCGGGACGGCAGUGACUGGACCAGAGUCAAAAGGAACCGCAGCAGCGGAGCAAGAAGCAUAACGUUGGCGUUCUCAACUCCCAGCCUCAUGCAUGGAUCCUUCGGUCGUAUCUCUCUUAAAGUUUCCUAAAGUGCAGUGGGAAACAUUCAGAUGAAAGAAACUUCUCCUGGCGUGGCUGAGGUGACACUUGUGGAAAAGGAGCCAGCUGAACGCCACACCAUCAUCUCAUGGGAGCAAAAAAACUCCUGUGUGUUGCCGGAGGAUUUAAAGAAUUUCUACCUGAUGACCGACGGCUUCCACAUGACAUGGAGCGUGAAGAUAGAUGAUACCCCCAUGCCUCUGGGCUCCAUGAUGAUUAACAGCAUCUCCAAACUAAGCCGACUGGGCAGCUCAUCGCUGUAUGCUUUGCCCAAUGCUCCAACGCUUGCUGACUUGGAAGAUGAUACCGAUGAGGAAGGUAAUGAAGACAAGCUGGAGAAGCCUCACUUUGACUCUCGUAGCCUGAUCUUUGAAUUAGACCCAUGCAAUGGGAAUGGGAAAGUUUGCCUUGUGUAUAAGAAUACCAAGCCAGUUGUCACCCCAGACACAGAGAUAUGGUUUCUGGACAGAGCGCUGUACUGGCACUUCCUCACCAAGACCUUCACUGCCUACUACCGACUACUGAUCACCCACCUGGGUCUCCCCCAGUGGCAGUACGCCUUUACAAGCUACGGUGUCAGCCCCCAGGCCAAGCAAUGGUUUAACAUGUACAAGCCCAUCACCAUCAACACUGCGCUGCUCUCGGAAGAAGCCGACUCUUUUGUGAACAAGCUGGACCCCAACAAGGUGUUUAAAAGCAAGAACAAAACGCCAGUGCUCAAAAAGAAAUUGCCCUCCCAGCCGGCAGGCUCCCAGAAGAGCCACACCAGCACCACCUCCUCCAAGGCUUCCUCACUACCCGGGAACUCUUCCCGGAAGCGAGACCCACAGAUGUGACUGGAGAACACGCGAAUCCCAGACCACGAAGACCCGUGACAGCCUCUCGGAGGUGCAGACCAAAUCGCUUGUGCAUGAAUAGCCCCUCCCACAGAAACUGCAUCGCAACCCUUGCAUGACCACCAUCCAUGUUAUGGGCAGGGUGGAGAUCCUCAGCGCUGCUGCUCCUGGUGCCUUUCAGCAAGACCCUGUAGAGAUGCUGGUUAAUCUUAUUCCUGUUGGAGUGGACAAAAGGGCCGUGGAUGCCCUGUAGGGGUUGCAUUACCACUGAUGGACCACCCAAAAAUCCAUUUAAGUCUCUUUAUCCUCCCAUUGAAUACAGCAUGCACACAUAAAUCCACCUGGUUGAAUACAGCAUGCACACACAAAUCAUUUUUCCUCUCCUUUGGAAGGAAAGAAGCCUGCCCAGAUUGCCAUGUGCAGUGAAAGCAGGAGGAAACCCACUGAUGUUAGUGGAUGCUCCCCUGUGGUGUUGAAGAGAGCAGACAGCGCCCUGCACUUUCAGUCAGUGGUGUCACAAGUGCUUGAAGCUAUUUGCCUCUCUACCCUCAUCUCAGAUAGCCCUAACCCUUUACACAGACUGUGCUUUAAACAGCUGUAGCCUUUUGGUGUUAGGGAGCAGAACGUGCCCCCUUUCUCAGAGCUGCCAAUGCCCAGAGCAGUGCAAAAGAGCCAAGGCAUCUUGCACCGUGACCAGCCAAGGACAGUGCUGGGGACCAGGGAUAGAGCCUGGUAUCCUAACCAGGAGCUGCUUGUACAGAGUAGAAGUGAAGGGCCUGAUCCUAAGAGGCACUGAUCACCUGCAAUCCCUGCCUUUAAGAAGAGGAUGAAUACUCUGCCAUCCACUGCUGUAGGACCUGGGCCUGUGCAGGAAAUAGGAUUGAAGGCCUUUUUGAAGGAGUAGAAAGGUUUCCCAUGGUUUCAGCUGCAGUACUGAACAUCCAGUAUCAUGGGGCUGCAGUGGGACUUUAAGGAUUGCCC